AUGGCGAUGGCAGAUGAGAACUGCUACGGCCCGACUGCCGAAAAUGAUGAUGCUAUCCUCUUAGCGGAACUUGACAAACUCAAAAACGAAGUGGAACGAGUAAAGCCGGGAAGUAAGCUUCUUGGGCAGACGGAAGAAGGUACACGGAAACUCACAUACCGCGCUGUUCUGGCUCAGAGAGGAUUCCUUGUGAAGAAAACACUCGGUUCCGGCAGUUACUCCACCGUCAAAUUAGCCUUUAGCCUUCAUCGCCAGGAAAAACGUGUAGCUGUGAAAGUUCUGAGUCAGAAGGUAGCUCCUAAAGACUACCUACUGAGGUUUCUGCCCAAGGAGAAGACUGUAUGGCCUAGGUUAGACCAUCCUCAUGUCAUAAAGAUAUAUGAGAUGUUUGAAGAUACCUCAAGGACCUAUUUCAUCAUGGAAUACGCUGCUCGUGGAGACUUAUUGCGCUAUGUUCAAAGGUAUGGACCUUUACACGAAGUGUUAGCACGUCACUGGUUCGACCAAUCAUGCAAAGCAGUGGAAUAUCUGCAUUCACAAGCUAUUGCGCACAGGGAUCUUAAACUCGAAAACAUAUUGCUCGAUUCGAACUACAGUGUUAAAAUCGGCGACCUCGGGUUUGUGAAGGAUAACCUUGGACCAAACCAUCUGAGUAAAACGUUUUGUGGGUCUAAGUCUUACGUUGCCCCCGAGAUAUUGAAAGGGCGACCGUACGACCCCCGGAAAUCAGACGUGUGGGCAUUGGGCGCGGUUCUCUUCAUAAUGGUAACGGGAACGAUGCCAUUUGACGAAGCACGCGGAAACAAGGCAAUGCUAGCUGAACACAAGAGAUUGGAGUUCUCGUGGAAAGGUGCAACAGAAAAGUGUCGAGAACUUAUCUUGUAUCUCUUCACCUACUUAUUUGAAGAACGGCCGUCUAUUUCCGAAGUGAAGAAUCAACCAUGGAUGACCAUUACUGAUGCAGAACUUGAGGAAAUUGCCCCAAAACCAAAGCGGAAAAAGGACAGCGUUGAACCACCAGUGGAAACGUCCGGAUGA